AUGGAUGAAGUGAAUGUGGAAAAUGUGCCACAGAUAUCUGUUCCUUCUGAAUCUAUCGAUUUAGUGGCAAGUUUGAUUGAUUCGGAACCUCCUGUAUCCUGCACAAUGAAUGAAGUGAAUGUGGAAAAUGUACCACAGACAUCUGUUCCUUCUGAAUAUGUUGAUUUAGUGGCAAGUUUGAUUGAUUUAGAACCUCCUGCUUCAUUUGAUUUCACUAAAAGUGCCCCGGUUGUUCAUAGUAGACAUUUAAGUGAGGAUUUAAGUGCCCUUUCAAUUAAUGAUUUGCGUUUGAACAAUGGAGUGCAAAAUUGUAAUGACCAGAUUGAACGGAAGGGCAUAAGUAGUCACUCUAGACAUUUUAGUGAAGAUUUAAGUCGCCUUGCAAUUAAUGAUUUAUAUGCAAACAAAGGAGAGGAGAACGGCCAUUACUUGGGUGAACCAAAGGUAGAAAGUCGCCCUAACUCUGCUGAAAGAAACAUUUAUAAGGCGGCAGAGAUUGCUGAGCGGUUCAUUCAAUCUAUAGAUAAUAGGGUGCAUGUUGACACUAGAGCACCAAUAGAAUCUGUUAAAGAGGCUGUAAGCAAAUUUGGAGGCAUUCUUGACUGGAAAGAGAGACGUAAGAAUGUCCAAAAUGAGCUUGACAAGGCACUAGAAGAUGCUCCUAAGUACAAAAGAAGAGCGGAAGCUGCAGAAGUUGAGAAAAACAAAGUUGUAAUGGAAUUGUGUACCACUAGGAGAACCAUAGAAGGGUUGAAGCUAAAUUUGGAGAAGACGCAAACUGAGGCAAUACAAGCACAGCAAGACUCAGAGUUGGCUGAUAUACGGUUCAAAGAGAUUCAACAGGGAAUUGCCUGUAGAGAGAGUGCUGCAUCAAGAGCAGAAAUUGAGCUUGCAAGAUAUCGCUAUGCUAGUGCGUUGGCAGAACUACAUUUAGUGAAGGAUGAGCUACAACAACUUCAGAAGGAGUACACAUCCAUAAACACUAAAAGGGACAAUGCUGAAACAAAAGCAUGCGAAUCCAGUGUUGCAUCUCAGAAGAUUGAGAAAACUGUGGAUGACCUUACCCUCGAAAUUAUCAGAUUGAAAGAGUUGCUCACCUCUUCACAAGCUACUCAUAUUAUAGCAGAGGAACAAAAAUUGAAUGUUGCUUUGGCAUAUCAACAAGAAAAGGAGAAUUGGCAAAAUGAACUGAGGCAAGUUGAUGAGGAGGUUCAAAGUAUGCGUGAUGCGGCUUCAGUCAACAAAGAUCUCGAGUCUAAGCUGAAAGCUGCCUCUACACUACUCGUGAAGUUGCAAGAUGAGUUUUCUAGUUAUUUGAAAGGGGAAUGUCCCCAAGAGGUUAGUAUAGAUGGAGAUGCAGAGAGACCAAUGGUUAUGACCAAGAUGAAGCUAGCAAAUGCUAGGAAGGAGCUUGAGGACAUGAGGGCGGACAUUAAAAAAGCCAAGGAUGAUGCCAGAAUACUUUGGAAUGUUGCUGCUACAUUACGAGCUGAAAUAGAGAGGGAGGAGGCAGAUCUGUUGGCAUUGAAACACAAAGAGCACCUCGCUUCGCUUUCUGUGUCAUCACUCCAGGAAGAGCAAAGCAACAUGACAUAUGAGCUCAACAUCGUCCAUGAAAGAACAAAAGCAUCUAAGAUGCCUGCAGAGCUACAACAAGCAACUGAAGUAGUGGAACAAGCACAGGCUAAGGCUCAGAUGGCCCGUUAUGAGGUGGCAAAAGCUAGUGAAGAGGUGGAUCAAGUCAAGGCACAAUUUAAUGUCAUCAAAUUGAGGCUAGAAGCGGCAUCAAGAGAGAUACUUGCAGUGAAUGCAUCUAAAGAAAUUGCGACCGCCUCAGCAAAUGCAUUGCAAGAAUACAAUGAUGAAGCACAAAUAGAGCCCCAAGAUGAACGGAUAAGCGACAACUAUAUGACAUUAUCACUUGAAGAGUAUGAUGCCUUAAGCAAGAAAGCCCAAGAUGCUGAAGGCCUCGCCAAGAAGCGGGUCAUCAAGGCUGUUGAGAAAAUCAAAGAAGCCAAGGAUGCAGAGGUGAGGAGCUUGAAUCAACUAGAGCAGUCGACCAAGAAGAUCUAUGAGAGGAAGUUGGAGCUAAGGGCUGCGCAGGAGAAAGCCAAUUCAGCGCAAUAUGGCAAGCUCACCAUGGAGAACGAGCUGAGGAAGCGGAGGGCCAAGCAUGAGCAGCAAAGGAAAGCGGGCGAGUCAGGCCAUGCCAUUUCUGACAUCCCCAAUUUGAAGAGCACUUCAUUGUCUUUUGAUGCAGCAUCGUCAACCUCCAAUCCUCACAUGGUUGGAACAUUGUCUAGAGCUGACACUAUAGGAGCAACUAGGGUGAAAGAGCCAAAGCCACGGAAGUCACUCUUUCCACGGUCCAUAGUGGCCAUGUUCGUGUCUAGGAAGAAGACACAUUGA